CUCGACAUUCUCCAGCACUUUAAGCUUGUCCUGCAGUGCUAACUGCAUUGAUAACAACAGGGCUCUUCCUGCGUGUCACAAGGUCGGCGUCGUCUUCGCUACUACCUGGCCGCGAUUCGAUCCAAGAACGGUGCUCAGGUUAAUACUUUGACCCUGAGGCUUCCCGUUUAUCACACUCCAAGAAAGGAGCGAUUCUGUAUCAAGGGAGAGAAAGACCGCAUGGUUAAUAAUAUACUUUAAAGCUCCAACGUCGGAAAUGCCGGACCGGACUGGACAUUGGGAGGAUCUCAGACGCAGCCCUGUCGCAUCCCCAGAUGCAUGUUAGAGAGAGAGGAUCCGACGUGUGACAAUUACUCGAGAUGAAAAUCUUGGCUUGCAUGCGACCACUGGCUUUCUUUUCUCGGGAGAAGAUUGAGCUGAGGGCUAGGCGAAGAUUCAGACGGCGGAGCACACGCUAUGGAUCAAAAGAUAGCCUGUUGUUGAUGAGUAUUCCUGGACAAAGCCACAGCAGGAGUCCUUCCAGCUCUUUUGGGUGUAAUUGAAGGGGGUGCUCUCAGGAGCUAUGGGCGUUGCAUUCCCUCCACAGCCGGGCAAUGCGAUGUAAUCAGCCAAGAAGGCCGAGAGUCGCAUGAUCGUGCCCGACCCCACUUGGCAGAGCCGUCCUGCUGGACAUGCUGUCUUCCUCCCUGGCGAGUCUCAAAUCCAUCUUCAUCGAAAGCUCAUCACUUCCAUCGGUUAUCCAUUGGUUUUCGAAUUGAAGAUUGCUGAGAUUCCAACGUCCCGCUCAGCUCACAGGUUGACCCCAACUGAGACAGGCAAGAUCAGAUCACCGCUCAAUCAUGGCCUACGAGGGCUAUGGUAGCUCUCAGCCCUACGAGCAGGGUGCCUUUAAUGGCUCCAAUUCAUACGCCAACUCACAACAAUUUCACAAUCAUAUUUUGCAAGCGUCGUACCAUGGCAACUAUGAACCCACGUCAGAUGGAACCCGGGUGCCAAUACCGCCCCAGCAUCCUCCUCCGAACUCACAGUCUCCUAUUCCUCCACCGCCCAUCACAGCUCCGCCAGCCACCGGAAUCCCAGAGCCAUUUCCGGAUCCAUCGCGAUUUUAUCAGAGCAAUAGCCAACCUACCACAGAGGGUACCGGCCCCGCAUUCCAGCCGAAACUGGACAUCUCGCCCGAGGUUAUUGCCCAGAUCACUUCCAGCGUCAUUCAACAACUCAAAGGCUUCAAUUUUGGAGCUAAUAUCCCGCGUCCACCGCCGAACCAAACUGCUCAGAACCCUGAUAUAACGUCGUUCACUCCAUCUGUAUCCGAAAUUUCCCAUUCAUCUCCAACUACCACCACUAAAGUCUACACUCCACCCUCCCCGUUCAGACAGGCACAAGAUGGAUCGGGCCAGUCUCCCCAAUUUUCGAACCUCCAGUUUACACAGAAUAUUCACGGCUUAUCGCAAGGUCCUGUGGACCAGGACCGAAUUUCACGAGUUUUCUUUGACGGGCAUGAGCACCGGCCUAGACCUUCUCGCCUUACCACGCAGGACGAAACGCCAGCCGAACGGAUAUGGGGACAGCUUUUUGAUAAGGAGGGAUUACCAACUCCAAGGCUGGGCCAGUUCCUGCGCGGAAUUGCCGCUCACCUGAUAGAAGUUUUUCCACCUGAAAAUACUCUUGUUGUUACCCCAGACAAGAUGCAGAAAUAUUACGAAGAUACCAAAUCACUGGCUGAUCCGUAUCCAUGGAAAGAUAUAUUUGAUGAUGGGACGUCUUCAAUUUCGCGUCUUUAUCGAGAGGUCCAAGCGGAGCAUCAUUUAAUCCAGGAUAGGUUAGAUCAAAGGCCUGAUAUACCGGGCCUUACGCCUCGUGGGUUUGAGCGCUGGAUGAGACUCAUGAUCGUCGCCCACCCUGAACAAGAAUACCAGCGACUUCAGAGAACCGUUCUGGAGAUGCCAAUUAACAACCCAGAUGAUCCGAAGGAGCGGUUCCCAAAGGAGCUUCCUCGGCGUCUAUUUCCCAAGUCUCCCGACCAUAAUGUGAAAGAGCACCUGGAACGUUCAAUCCUAACUCACUGCCAUGUGGAUGUCUCAAAGCCGGUGAGCAGAGAUCAAUCGCAGCCCAACACCCAGCGGCACCGUGUUACACCUUCAGUUGGCACUCCACCGCCAAGAUCAGACCCAAGGUUGAGUUCUCCAUUCGAAGAGGAAGACGAAGAGGAUGAAGAGGAUGAUGAUGAACCACCCGCGCCGCCGCCACCGGCACCACCAGCAGUAGCCCGCCCUAUUGAGCGCGAAAGGAAGCCGUAUUCAGUACAGCCCGGUGCGGGAAGGAUAUAUGAGGAUAAGCUGAAGCGAAACCUGAACAGCCCUGUGGAGCAAGCUAAAUACCGUGAGUUUGGUAGUCGCCGCGGACGUCGUAGUCCCGCUACUGGGCGCAAACGUGAGUCGAAGGAUUAUCGCGACACCGACUUCGUGAAGACUCCCAUUUCAGCUCGAUUCCGCGACGAGAGUGACAUACGAGUCAUGGGCCAGCCGAGAGGAAGAAGCAGAAAGGGUGAACGAACACAUGGUCAUUUGCACGAUCGCGAGUUUGAUAGAGAAGGCCAAAGCGACAAUCCUUCUCGUGGAAGCUGGGAUACGGACGAAGAGGACUAUUAUCGGGCUUCCAGUGCGCUCAGUGGCAGGGGUGGGCGGAACACUCCACUCUACGAUGAUGACCACUGGGCUUUUCGUUAA